GCCUAUUUGAAUAGAGCUCGCGUCGCGCAGUCUCUGAAUUAUCUUCACUUCAUUUCAACAUUUUCCACCAUGGCCAAAGCAAAGACCCUGUCUCCUACUAUCAAGAAACUUCAACCGUCAUUACACAAAAAGGCUGCUCGAUCCCGGAUCGGCAAAAUUCCUGACGAAAGAGCAGACGUGCCUUUUGACGACGAUAUUGAAGGUAAUACACAGACUACUGAUCCAAUUCCCUCUAUUCAAGCUAACCUUCUCCACCAACAGAGAAAAGGCCAUUUCCUGAGACAGCCGAGGAGCGAGCACAGUAUAUUAGCCCCAAGACGAAUCGCAAGUUGACCAGUUUUCAAUUCAAGGUGUUGGAUUUAUGUGCCCAGAUACCAAAGGGCCGGGUCACAACGUACAAGAAAAUGGCGGAUGCAUUGAGCUCUAGUCCACGCGCUAUAGGAGGUGUCAUGCGAAUCAACCCAUUCUGCCCACUACCUGUGCCAUGCCAUCGAGUGGUUGCUAGUGAUGGGUUUAUCGGAGGGUUCAAUGGUCAAUGGGGAGCAGGAGGAAAUAUGCGUAACAAGAAGGCCAAGCUUGAAAAAGAAGGCUGCCAAUUUAAUAAGGAUGGCUAUCUGGUGAAAGAUGAAAGCGGAAAUUGGACCGCAUUUGAUGAGUUUAACGUAUCAAAAUUGGAGAGCAAUUAACAAACGAGAAUUUUUUAACAUUGUAAGUCGGAAGCCGUGCGCUAGAACACGGUUACUUAAUAAUUUAAUGGUUUGUUAUACGUUACUGUCCCAUCUUUUUUCUUUUGUAUGUCCUUCUCUAAACA